ACAUACCCGAUGAUCACGGGCGGUUAUUGGCCCAGACCCGAGACCAGCAGACGACCCCCCCACCAUAAAAACUUUCGACGACCGACCGCUGACUCGGACCGACCACCGUUCAAAGGCGACGUCUCCACGCAAUCCAAGAAACCAGUUCCCAAACUUUCAGAGCACGACAUUCUCGUUUUAACCGACUUUUUAUACGCGAGAAGCGUAACCGAAUUCAAUCCUGCUCCUUUCGACGUCGACUCCGAUCUAAAAGAGGCAAAUUUCUAGGGUUUCAGAUCUCGAUCAGAUCCCGAGGGAAAGGAUGCUCUCGUUGAAGGACAAGGUCGCCGACAAGCUCUCUCGUCUCCUCGGCGACUCGCCGCCGCCGCCGCCGUCGUCUUCUUCUCCGUCUCAGCAUUCUCCACCCACCGCUCGAUCCGAGCCUGAUCGGGGAGGAUCUGUUUCUAUGGAAGGAUUGUCUCCUAGCAGGACAUCAGUUAUUUCUUCAUUUUUCCUGUCCUUUCUCCCCAAGAUAUAUUCUAGCACCGACGGACCAACUAAACCUACAAGAACAUUACCAUGUAGAUCUCUUCCUAGAAGAUGGAAAAUAAAUAGCUUCUCAUUGAAAGAUAAGCCAUUGGAUUGUAGUACUGACAGCAGGACUGAUACAGAGAGUGAUAGCGCGGACGAGAAUUAUAAAGAAAAACUAGGUGAUGCGCCACAAGGGAACUGCAAUGGUUUUCAGAAAGUUGAAAAGGAUUCGAAAGCCCAUGACUCUGGAGAUUUUCUAUCCUGUCUCAGUGAAAAGUCCGCCUUUAUUUCCGAGGACUUGUUUGAGUUCUUGCAGUCAUCUCUCCCUAGUAUUGUUAAAGGAUGCAAAUGGGUAUUGUUAUACAGUACUUUGAAACACGGGAUAUCUCUGCAAACACUUCUUCGUAAGAGUGCCGAUCUUUCCGGUCCGUGCUUAUUAAUUGCUGGGGACAUGCAGGGUGCUAUCUUUGGUGGUCUGCUGGAUGGUCCCCUAAAGACCACGCCCAAAAGAAAAUAUCAAGGUUCUAACAAAACAUUUGUGUUCACUACAAUUUAUGGGGAGCCAAGGCUCUUCAGAGCCACUGGUGCCAAUAGGUAUUAUUACAUGUGUGUGAAUGAUCUAUUAGCUUUUGGAGGGGGUGGUAGCUUCGCAUUGUGCCUAGAGGAAGAUUUAUUACAUGGAAGCAGUGGGCCAAGUGAAACCUUUGGAAACUUGUGUUUAGCUCAUAACCCAGAGUUUGAACUGAAGAACGUUGAGGUGUGGUGUUUCACGUAUUCCUCACGCUAUCUCACCUAAGAGCCGAGAUGCCCAUUUAUUUAUUUUUCCUUGUAAAGGGAUUCUGGUGUAUUCUUUUGGCCUCCCAUUUUGUUUAUUCAUCAUAUUCGUUAAGGUGAAUAUCCUGAGCGAGUUUAGUUCACUGGCUGAUCCUUGGGAUACAUUAUCAACCUCUAGCCUGCUUAACAUCUUAUGAAAUGAGGUUGAAGUAUCGUACUAUUUAGUUAAUGGGUGAAGUUCACCUCAUUAUAUUUAUAUAUGAGAAAUUAUGCUAGCCUACAUCUCUCUUUGUGAAUAAUAUCAAGCAAGUAUAUAAAGACGCAAAUGAGGAUUAUCGAGCAAGAGGCGAGCUCAUGCUAUAUUUUCUAAAAGAAGCAGCCAACUGGAGCACAAGUACGAAGCCAAAUUGACCCAUCAAAUGACCAAAGAACUAGAGGUAGGGGCAGAUAAUUUUAUACCGAGCUCCGUCCUGAAAUAUGUAUCAAAUCGACCCAUCAAAUAAGAACUACAAAAUUCACUUGCUUUUUCCAUCCCGAUAGCUAAUUCUCCCCUCACUUGUAGAACGGAACUGAAAUAACUUCAAAUUUUGACCACAAACGAACGCAAGCCCCUCUCAAUGGUAAGUUGUCAAAGCUUACAAUACAAUACAAUUAUCCAAGGGAUGCCCAGCCAAGCUUAAAAAAAAAAAAA